AUGACUCUUCCCGACUAUAUGACCGAUCGCAACGCCGUCCUCAACGACGAGGGUGUCAAGUGGCGCCACGGAGAGGCGCCCGUCUACACCAAGGCCAACACUCUGUAUGAUGAGCAGCGCACCAAUGUCCACGCCACCGACUCGCUCGAGCAUCUCGUCGAGAACCUCGUCAAGAACUGGGAGAAGGAGGCCUCCUUCAAGAUUGAUGCCGCCGACUGGCGCACGAUCGACCACAAGGUCUACAAGUUCUCGACCAACGGUGGCGAGUGGUCCACCGUCGAGGAUGUGCUGCGCGUCGGCACCUACAACGCCCUGCUCGGCGAGACCCAGUACUACUCGGCCAAGAACACCAGCUUCGAGGAGUCGCACCAGACCUUCCGCGAGUCGCUGUGCAGCGGCUUUGCCUGGGAGUGCCUCAAGGUGUACUCUGGCCCACCCAUCGUCGCCUUCAAGUGGCGCCACUGGGGCAACUUCUCUGGCAAGCUCCGCUGCCCAAUGUCCAAGACCGAGCAGAUUGUUGCCGAGCCAACCAACUCGCUCGUCGAGAUCUUUGGAAUCACCGUGGCUCACGUCAACGCCCAGUUCCAGAUUGAGAGUCUCGAGACCUUCUACGACCCAGCCGCCCUCUUCAACCAGAUGGUCAAGGGCAGUCCCUCUGUCACCACCUGUCCCAUCACUGGUCAAUCCGCCACCAACUAA